AAAAUAGUUCCCUGCAGGCCCACAGCCCGGGAUCAGCAAGCCGCGUGGCUACGAGUUUCAGUGCCCACCUGGACUUUCCCAAUCAGAGAUGGCAGCACAGGCAUCUACAUCGAAAGCUACCACGUCCUGGUAUUGUCAUCCGAUGUAUGCGAGAUACUGGCAACAUUAUUAUCAAGCAAUGGCUUGGAUGCAACGCCACCACAAUGCCUACAGGAAGGCUGUGGCAUCCUAUUAUAGUUUCCCAUGGUCCUUCCCUCCUACAUUUUUGCCCCAAAGUCCUGAUGACCAUUAUAUGGCCUGGCAGGGUUCUCACUACAGUUACUCACAUUUCGGAAAGUCCGGGCACCCUGCACAUGACACCAGGAGGACCCAGACAUCCAAAAGAGAAGACCAAGCUUUGUCCGAAGAGGAAGAAGAGAUGGAGACGGAGUCAGAUGAGGAGAUAGAAUGUGACCUGAGCAAUAUGGAAAUCACCGAUGAGCUCCGCCAAUACUUUGCAGAGACUGAGAGGCACAGAGAAGAGCGAAGUAAGCGGCAGCAGCAGCUGGACGCAGAGCGCCUGGAGGACUACAUAAAUGCUGACCAUGGCCUGUACUACAACACUCACCGCACAGUGGAGCCCCCAAGUGAGAGGCCCGGCGAGCGGCGCCAGGCUGAGAUGAAGCGCUUGUACGGUGACAGCGCCGCCAAAAUCCAGGCGAUGGAGGCCGCAGUGCAGCUGAGCUUUAACAAGCACUGUGACAGAAAGCAGCCCAAGUACUGGCCUGUCAUUCCUCUGAAGUUCUGAGCCCUGGGCACAGGGUCCCCAUCUCACCCCCUUCCUUUUAGGUAUGGUGUUUCUAUCUCUCUUGUGCAUUUCUCGGGGAAAGAGGGCUCUGUACUGAGAUAUAAACAUGUUCACCAAAGUCCCAGCGGGCCCCUUAUGGGGUGGACGGAAUAUGUCAGCCGCUUAGAAUUCUGUCAGCAGGAUGUAUACUGUUGCCAACAUGAGAAAUUUUCCCUUGACGUGCCGUAAUAAUUUGGUAUACAUUCUACCCAUUUCUGAUGUCAGUACGACUAUUCAUUAAAGUUCUUCCAGAGAUAGUGCCUAGCGUUUUGCCUUUUUGUUUCCUUCUUUCUUUAACCCGCCUAAACAUACGUAAGUCUUAAAUAAGCCAGAUGUUCUGUGACUCCUGUAGCCCCA